AUGGCUCUGGGCUGGUCCCUUUUUGGCCAGGAAUUUGAGCAGAAGUGGUGGUCUCACCUAUGUAUUCAGGUAUGUCAGCACUCUUGGGAGACCUGCUCUCUCCUUGUAGGCUCUGGAUAUGGAGAGUGUGAACUGUCUCAUUUACAUCCUCCAGAACAAGAGAUUUCUACUGAUAGCUGUGUCUUUCCAUUUGUUUAUGCUGAUGGAUUCCACUACAGUUGUAUCUCCAUCCACAGUGACUAUGAUUGGUGUUCUCUUGACUUUCAAUUCAAAGGAAGGUGGCGGUACUGUACAUCACAGGAUCCUCCAAAGUGUAUUUUCCCUUUCCAAUUCAAACAAAAGCUCAUUAAGAAUUGCACCAAGGAGGGCUAUAUUUUGAAUCGGAGUUGGUGUUCUUUGACUGAAAAUUACAACCAAGAUGGAAAAUGGAAGCAAUGUUCUCCCAACAAUUUUUAGGUAUGCUUGUGUGUUUUAGAAGACAGGAGUUAUAGAUACAUCAGAUGGUCCUC